AUGGCCUUAUUUUCGGACAAUGAGGUCUUCAAUCAAAGUUGUCGAGUGUUGACACCCAUUGGACUCAAGUCAAGCAAAUCUGUGGUCAAUUGCGAUCUCAUAGCACCAGUACGUCAAAUGUAUGACUACUAUCACUCGUGCUUCACGUUUUUCUCGCAAUAUAAUGAAGAAUCGGAUGAUAGGUAUAUCGUGGACAAGAAUAAGUCCCAAUACUUGACUUAUGAGGUGAAUAGGUUCACAAACGAGACCCAAGUGUUUAUGAUUGCAGUACUUCCGCCCAAACUACCGGUCCUACUGAUCAGACACUUACCGAAAAUCUAUUUCGAAGAGUUUGUCUCAUUUAUUGGAAGUCUCGUCAGUCUAUGCAUUCGCUAUUUCUCGACAAACCUCACGAUUGGACAGCAAAUGAGUUACUUAUUGACGGCUGAAGAGAUAUUCAUGAAUAAUAGCUGUCAGGUGUUGAGACCCAAGAGCUACAACUCAUCGGAAAAUACGGUUGACUGCCAAUCAAUAGCACCGAUACGUCAACACAUAGACUACUACCAGUCCUGUUUGACAUUCUUCUCGCAAAACACGUCCCACUCCUCCGACGAGGCAUUCAUAGUGGACAGGGAUAUGGUAUUACAGGACACGAUGUACUCGUUGGUGAACAUUGAGAUUCAUGAGAGUAUACCCCGAAUACAACUGAUAAUUCAUCCGCGAAAUGAAGUAAUUGUGAACUUCUUUAAGGAGAAUGCGUUGGAAUUAAACAGAGAGAAGGACUUCAUAACGACUGUCGAGUACUACAAGUCUAUCGUCCAGUUGUUACCCAAACCUUAUGAGACGGGAUGUGAGGACAAGACUAUUAAAUGCGAUUGUAUUGAGAGGUGCAGAAUACAGGGCUUUAAGCAGACGUUUAACAGAUGGCCGGGUCUCUGGAUCAGGAGGUGGGAGAGAUGUGUAGACAAGAGUGUCGGUCCCCUAUUGAGUGUAAUUCAGAAACAGAAACAUGAAGUGAUUCUUCAUGUCUACGAUUUGUCACGAAUUAACGAAUGGAUAAAUCUAUUGUCACAAGACAUGGGUGUCUAUCACACGGGUACUGAAGUCUAUGGUAAAGAAUAUUCAUUCGGCGGACAUCCCUAUGAUUUGAGCGGAAUAUUCAUAACGACUCCGAAAGAUAUGGAAUCCCUGAGUGUUAAUAAUGUUUUCAAAUACAAAGAGUCAAAAGCUAUCGGAUAUACAGAACUGAGCGAAGAGAAGGUGCAACAAAUUGUCACUGAAAUGGGUCGCAAAGAUUUCAAGGGAAAGGACUAUAAUCUCAUUCAAAAGAAUUGUAACCACUUUUCCGAUGAGUUUUGUAAGAGACUGUGCGGUAAAGGCAUUCCCAAAGAGAUCAACACUUUGGUCGAUACUAUAGCUCAGUAUCCAUGGAUUGAGAGACAAAUACCGGUCGAGUAUAUGACUCCACAGGCCCUCGAGAAUGACAUCAAACAGGAAAGGGAGAGAGACUUACAAAAACAAGACAAACAAGAGUCUACCGAUUCUGUCAGUGAUUCAAAAGAGUAA